UAUACCAGGCACGCAUGCUACAGGGGGAGAUCUCUGUUAACAUGGAUGUAGGUAUCUGGUAUUUCGCAGUUAGGUUUAUGAUAUUUUUUGUCAUUAUGAACACUUAACUUUUCUUAAUUCCAUAAUGAGAGAGCAAGAUUUGCUCUGAGAAAUACAAGAACCCGCUUUGUCGCGCUGAUCGUCACGUUGCAAGCGUGAAUGAGACAGUUUGUGCAAUUCAAUGCCUGGUAUAUGGAGCUAAAGACCGAGGUUGUCCGACAUUAAGGAUUUUACAGCUGGAAAAGGAAGGAAAAUCAAAGAAUCCACAUUACCAUCUGGGUCAGGAGGGUAAACGGACGAUAGUCGGAAUGCUUUCGCAUUUUAAAGGUUCAAGACGAUGACACCACACACUGGCACCGUACUUCAGUGAGCUGGGGCACCCUCUCCCUUGAAAAUGCAUAUCUGGAUACUGAAAAUAAUCCUUCUGAUCGCAUCAUCUCUGAGUCUGGUCGAGAUGUACGACAAUUAUGGGGAGAUCUGUAGCAAUCUAUGUACUUGUGAGGAGAAGGAAGGGAUACUGACCGUGAGCUGCGAGAACAGAGGGAUUGUAAGACUGACGGAAAUUAGCCCAGUGCAUUUUUCAAUGUACCACCUUCUGCUUACAGGGAAUCUCCUCAAGAAACUGUCCCUAAAUGAUUUCAUCAACUAUACUGGGGCGACGAUAUUGCAUUUAGGGAACAAUGAUAUCUCUGAAGUGGAAACGGGAGCUUUCAAUGGACUCCAGGGAUUAAAGAGAUUGCACCUGAACAACAACAAGAUAGACAUCCUAAGGGAUGAUACCUUUGUGGGCUUGGAGAGUUUGGAAUACCUUCAAAUUGAUUACAAUUACAUCACCAAUAUAGAGCCCAAUGCCCUGAGCAAAUUGCAUCAGCUCACAGUCCUCAUUUUGAAUGACAAUUUGCUCUCUACUCUGCCUACCAACAUUUUUCGGAAUGUGCCCUUAACUCACCUGGACCUCAGGGGCAAUCGGUUGAAAAUCUUUCCUUACAUAGGGCUUCUGGAGCACAUGGACAAAGUGGUGGAAUUACAACUUGAGGAGAACCUGUGGAAUUGCUCGUGUGAGCUAAUCGCACUGAAAGCUUGGCUGGAAAGCAUAUCAUACACUGCCUUAGUGGGGGAGGUGGUCUGCGAGACACCAUUCAGGCUGCAUGGUAGAGAUCUGGAUGAGGUCUCCAAACAGGAGUUGUGUCCCCGCAGGGUCAUCCCCGAAUACGAAAUCCACCCCCCACCCCCACUAAGCACCAACGGGUAUUUCCAAACCACGCAGGCUUCGGUGACGGCCUCAGCCACCUCGUCGAAUGCUUUCAAGGCAUCAUCAAGGCCCACCAAGGGUACCCGCCAAUCAAACCGAACCAGGUCAAAGCCCACCUCCCGGAUUCCAUCUAACUCCUACAACUAUGGCCCCAUCAUUGCUUAUCAGACCAAAUCUCCUGUGCCUUUGGAUUGCCCGACAACCUGUACUUGCAAUCUGCAGAUCGCUGAUCUCGGACUAAACGUUAACUGCCAGGAAAGGAAGAUUGAGAACAUAUCUGAUCUUAAGCCCAAGCCAUACAAUCCCAAAAAAAUGUACCUCACGGGGAAUUACAUUCCUGUGGUACGCAGAUCUGAUUUUGUGGAGGCUACUGGAUUGGAUUUGCUUCACCUAGGGAACAACAGGAUAGCCCUCAUCCACGACCGAGCUUUUGGGGAUUUAACCAACCUGCGUAGGCUUUACUUAAAUGGUAAUCUAAUUGACAGGCUUACUGCAGAGAUGUUUUUCGGACUACAAAGUUUGCAGUAUCUCUACUUAGAGUACAACAAAAUCAGAGAGAUUGUAGGAGGCACGUUUCGGUUCGUGCCAAACCUUCAGCUGCUUUUCCUCAACAAUAACCUUCUGAAAACCUUACCAGGGGGCAUCUUCACCGGCCUGUCCCUCUCUAGACUGAAUCUUCGCAGUAACCAUUUCCAGAACCUGCCCGUGAGCGGUGUGUUAGAUCAACUGAAAUUGCUGGUGCAGAUAGACCUGUUUGAGAACCCGUGGGAUUGCUCGUGUGACGUGGUAGGCAUGAAGAUAUGGCUAGAGCAGCUCGGCGCAGGCACCGUUGUUAAUGAGGUUAAGUGUGAGACCCCCAGACGGCACAGCGGCAUGGAUAUCCGCUCUAUUCAGUCCGAACAGCUGUGUCCAGACUACUCCGACGUGGUCGUCUCGUUGGCGUCCACCACCGGAGAUCCACCAUCGAACAGAGCCACCACCACGGAGGCCUACCAGAGGUCCGACACCCCGAGCAGCGUCGUGCCCCUGUCCGUGCUCAUCCUCAGCCUGCUGCUCGUCUUCAUCAUGUCCGUCUUCGUGGCCGCCGGGCUGUUCGUGGUCGUGGUGAAGAAGCGCAAGAAGUCCCAGAGUGACCGGACCAGCGCCAACAACUCCGACGUGAGCUCGUUUAACUUGCAGUACAGCCUUUACAGCAGUAACCGGACCGCCCCCAAAGUCAAAGCCCCCGCCGGACACAUGUAUGAGUACAUACCCCACCCUAUGGGCCACAUGUGCAAAAAUCCGAUUUACCGGUCCAGGGAGGGCAACACGGUGGAGGAUUACCGUGACCUCCACGAGUUAAAGGUGACUUAUAGGAGCAACGCAGAGGAGGAGAGGGACAGCAACAUGAGGAGUCCCAGUUACAGCGUGAGCACCAUUGAGCCUCGCGAGGAGACCUCCCCAGUGCAGGAUGCGGACCACUUCUUCCGGGGCAUCCUAGAGGCGGACAAGCAGUCCCCCUCAGGUAACACUCUAGAAUACAAAUACACUGGCCCGGUCUCGUAUACGUACAACCCAAACUUUGACGUUAGACGCCAGUUCCUACACCCAGAGAGGAUACGGGAAACUGUGCUCUACGGCACAGCGCCGAGCACUCUUUACGUUGAGCCGAACAGAAACGAAUACUUGGAACUGAAAGCUAAACUUCAAGUCGAGCCGGACUACCUCGAAGUUCUUGAGAAACAGACCACGUUCAGUCAGUUUUGAGCGACAGAUUCCCUGCAACAUAAUAUGAAGCAUUUCCCCCCUUAAAAAGUACUGUCUCAAUAAUGAGGGUGCCUUGGCACAACAGAAAUAAACAAAACAAACAGUGAGUGGGGUGUGCCGAACUCUAUUAUUCUUAUUUCUUAGUUUCACGACAUUGCAGGAACUGAAAGUCUCUCUGAACCUGUAGAACUGGAUGAAUACACAGGAUGUUCUUCUUUAACAGGUGAUGCAAAAUCUAUUUUUCUAUGGUGAAGAUUGAAUACACAUACAUGUAAGUGUAUAGGUAAACUUGCCCAACUACAUUUUCAGGAAUAUAACCAUAAAUAUAUUGUGAAACACAAACAUGUUUAUAAAUCACCUUGUGACAAAAACACUGUACAGCAGUGAAUCAAACUGCGCAGGACAAUUUUUCUGCUCUAGUCUGUAAGUAAGUAUUUAUUGGUAUACUCUGCCAUGUAUUUUCAAAACUUUUGAUUCUUCAUCAAUAUUACCUGUCAUAAUUCCAUGAUCCUCUGUAAAAGCUUAUGUUUGUAGUUUCAUAUCAUUUACUGUAGCUCGCAUUGUAAAAGUGGCUUUUUUUAAAGGUGGCACACCCCCAAUGUUAAAGAAGGACUGCGACGUUUGAAGAAAAAAAGUGUCUUUGUAUGCUUUCUGCACUUUUUGGAAUUGAAAGGCAAAAUGGGCCUUGAAACAGCUAUCAUUAGUAUGAUUGCUAUUAAAAAUGAAUAUGUGUAUUCAUUCUUAAUAUGUUUUAUUGAUAUGUUAUCAAAUUCAUAAAUAAUAAUUGAAGUAAUAAUUAUGUUGUGUAAUACUGAUAUUUUAAUGUAACACCUAUUUUUAUACAAGCAAUUAUCUUUCCCUAAUCAAUUUCAUUUGUUCUGAUUUCUUUUGCACUUAUUGCACUAUAUUGACCAAAAUAUGUUAAUGUCAUCAAUAAAUAUGAUGUCAGGUUCCUAGAUGUUCUUGUCGGGAAAAUGAAAGGCUAUUUUUAAAUACUUCAAGCAUGUAACUUGUAGCAAUCAAGAAAGAGUUCUAGUGGGGUUUUGAUCAAUAUACUUCAAUCAGUGAUUAUGUAAGUGAGUCCAUAAUCACUGUUUCAAUUGCAAACAGACACCUUUGUGCAUACCAUCUGAU